CUGUAACCUAGUCAAAAUGAUGAAAUGUUGUGAAAUGUAAAUAAAAAAAAAAGUUUUAAAUAAAUAAAUUUAACAUGAUCGAAUUAAAUUGUAUGUUAAAAAUUGACAAUUAAAUUUAUACUUUAUUUCGAUAUAAGAAACUGUUUUUAAUAACCGCAAAAUAAAAAUUUGAUCAUGUUGGUGAAAUUUAUAAAUAGUGUAUGCCGAAAAUAUCCAAAUAGACAAUUUUUUACAAAUACUGUAAAAUUUGCGAUAAGAGAAUCUACAGAAGAAGAAAUAUUACGUCGAAAUAAAUUAAAAACAUCACAUUAUCUCACUGCACUUGGUGUAGUUUCAGUUGGUCUAGCUUAUGCCGCAGUACCACUAUACCGAGUUUUUUGUCAGGCAACAAGUUAUGGAGGAACUGUAGGACACGAUGCAUCGAUGGUUGACUCAAUGAAGCCCGUUAGGGAUAGAGAAAUCCGGGUAGUAUUUACAGCUGACACCGCAGCAGCUAUGACAUGGAACUUUAAGCCUCAGCAAAAAGAAAUAAAAGUUGUACCAGGUGAAACAGCACUUGCAUUUUAUACAGCUACUAAUCCGACAGAUAAGCCAAUUGUCGGUAUUUCUACGUACAACGUUGUUCCAUUUGAAGCAGGACAAUAUUUCAAUAAAAUCCAAUGUUUUUGUUUUGAAGAACAACAAUUAAAUCCUCAUGAACAAGUUGACAUGCCAGUAUUUUUUUAUAUCGACCCAGAGUUUGCUGAAAAUCCACUAAUGGAAAAUUUGAGUGAUAUUACAUUGUCAUAUACAUUUUUUGAAGCUAAAAAAGGAUUUAAAUUACCAAUACCAAGUUAUGUAAAGCCACAUACGACGCCGUCAUCAUGAAGAUUGUAGUUAUAGCGGUUUGGAUUAAAAUGUACAAAUGAUAUAAUAUUACUAAUAAAUUGUAAUAUAAUAAUAGUUAAA